AUGCGAUCCAUCAAACCAAAACCGACAUAUCGAGAAUGGUUAAUAAAUUUACUGAGGUUAGUGACUCCACGAGACGACUUAAAUCCUAUUGAUCUUGAAAUUACUAACGAUACCUAUUAUCAGGAGAGUACGAGAAGCUAAACGAGAAGCGUGAAAGGAGAGCCGUAGGCUCAACGUUCAAGGUUUUGAUCAAGAAAUGCUGAAAGGUAAUGAGUGGUUGGCAUUUUCCAUAACAUCGAGAAUAAGCUAGACAGAUUUGAUCAAAUUGGCUGCGAAUUCCUUCAAGUGUGAAGAUGGAAAGUAGCAGUUUUCUGUUCCUCUCAUAUUUACCAAAAAAGGAGAGACGUGAUUACAGAGGACGAAGAAGAAAUGUCACUCUUCAAAAGUAACCAUGAAGAGGCAGAUACUCGCUUAAUCUUCAUGCGUGUCUUCAAGAUACGAAUGUGGUGGUCGUUGCAAAGGAUACAGAUGUAUUCUGUUCUGAUGGUGUAUGAAUAUUGUGUACAAAAAACAGCACACAAAUGGUAUAUGAAGAUUGACCAUGACAAGUAUGUUGACAUCGGUAAGGUAGCAGACUACUUGGGAGAGGAGAUCGCCACAAAGCUACCAGAUAUACACGCACUAGCUGGGUGUGAUUCCAUGCCCUCAUUUUUCGGUACGGGAAAAGUUAGAUUAAUCAAGAAACUGAUGAAACAAAGUAGCAGUUUGACAAGUGUACUGUAAUGAGAAGAAAGUUGUGCAAACGAUAGCAUAUAAUGGAAAAAAAUGAAACGCUAGUGGAAACAAGAGUGAGACUGUACAAAGCAUUGAAAACCAAGUCGUCUGAGUCAAUUCCACCCGACCCUGACUCCCUCUGCCAAGCAAUUUAUCAAAUUCACUGUCAACUUUACUAUUGGUUAAACUUCAACAAGCAGAUAGUAGACCAUAUUCCUUUUGAAGAAUAUGGUUGGACAUAUAAUGCUGAAACCAUACGUGCUGUUCCUGUUCGGUUCACAGGUAUAAUAUUAGACAUGUCUGAAAUAUAUUGCAUUUAAAUUUUUAUGACAAAACAAUUUCUUAUGCAAUUGUUAGUAUUUAUACUUAAUGAUAAAUAUCUUGUUUAGGGUGACCAACAACCAACUCCAAGGUCUCUGAUGUAUCAUGAUAAUAGUGAUACACAGGACGACUCUGGCGAACCAGUCCCCAAACGAUCUCGUUGUGACGAAGAAGACCAUGGUGAUGAAAGCAGUGAUGAUGACAUGCACGACAAGGAGAUGGAAUAUAUAUUUUUUGGAAAUAGUGCUGAUGAAGAGUCUGAUCAUGAAACUGACGAAGAUAAAUGGCUGCCUUAA